AUGGCAGAGAAAAAUCAUUCUGACUCAAGUGAUUUUAUCCUUUUAGGUUUUUCAGAGCAACGUGUGCUACUGUCAGUUUUGAUGGCUAUGACGUAUACAAUGAUCCUCAUGGGAAAUUUAGCCAUCAUUAUCAUUAUUCACAUUGAUAGCCAUCUCCACAAGUCCAUGUAUUUUUUCCUGAGUUGUCUCUCCAUCUUAGACAUAUGUUACUCUACGGUUACUCUUCCUGCCAUGCUCUUCAACGCUAUAACAGACAACAGGAGAAUUUCCACCAACAGGUGUUUUGCUCAGCUGUAUUUCUUUACCUGCUUCGGAGGGUCAGAAUGCUUUUUGCUAACAGCAAUGGCCUAUGAUCGAUAUGUGGCAAUUUGUAACCCCCUCCGAUAUUUAGUUAUUAUGAACAAGAAAUUCUGCUUUUGUCUUGUCCUGGGAUGCUGCUCCAGUGGAUUCAUGAACGCAGUUCUUCACACCUCAGUGACGUCUCAAAUAAACUUUUGUGAAGACAGAAAAGUUGUUAGUUUCUUUUGUGAUAUUCCUCCAGUGCUAAAAGUUUCUUGCACAGAUACACAACAUAGCCAGGUGUUAGUGUCCGUUUUUAGUGUUUUCCUUGCGAUAGUUCCAUUUAUAUUUGUCACAGUCUCUUACAUACGUAUCAUUGCCGCAAUCUUGAAGAUUGCAUCUUCUGCAGGAAGGAAGAAAGCAUUCUCUACUUGUUCCUCUCAUCUCAUUGUUGUUACGGUGUUUUUUGCAGUAGGCUUUUUAUAUUAUGUUGGUCCUGCUCCUAGAGAUUCUUCUGAUAUUAUGAUAUUUUCUCCCAUGCUCUUCUGUGUUCUGACACCAUUGAUUAAUCCUAUUAUCUACUGCUUGAGAAACCAAGAAGUUAAAAGGGCCUUCAAAAAGCUUCUAUCAAAAGAGAUAUUCGAAUAA